AUGGCGGCGCCCGUCCUGCCCCUGCAGCAGGUGAAGCUCGCCUCGUUGCCUUCCACCCGCCUGACGCCAGAGCAACAAUACUGGCGCACCUUCAAGAACCCGCUUCUGAUCCCAUCGCCGGCCAAUGGACCUGUCAACCUGAUCACACAGCCCUCCGCUCCGUCAUCGCCUGCUGCGUUUCCUUCCCUGACACAACCGCCGGAUAUCUUCACUGUGACGACAGGCGCACGGGUUCAGAUCUAUUCUAUUCGCACACGGAAACUCUUGCGGACAAUUACUCGGUUUGAUGAUACUGUUCGUGGCACAGACGUUCGUCCGGAUGGUCGUGUCGUCGUGACGGGUGACGACACUGGUUCAGUGCAGGUUUUCGAUGUCAACUCACGCGCCAUUCUGAAAACCUGGAAGGACCACAAACAGCCCGUCUGGGUGAGCAAGUUUUCACCCAGCGACCCGACCUCUAUCUUGACGGCUAGUGAUGACCGAACGGUCCGGUUGUGGGAUCUGCCCGCGGAAAGCAGCAUUCGCACAUUUGUUGGCCACACCGAUUAUGCACGCAGCGGUGCUUUCAUGCCCGGCUCAAUGGCCUCAUCUGGCCUGCUUGUCUCUGGCUCCUACGAUCGCACGGUGCGUAUUUGGGACCCGCGUGUCGAAGGCCGCUCGGCUAUGACCUUCAAGAUGGGUGCCGCUAUUGAAGAUGUUCUGCCCAUGCCGACGGGCACACAAGUUCUGGCGGCCGCCGACAACAAAAUUGCGGUGCUGGAUAUUGUUGCUGGAAAGCCACUGCACAUGAUCCAGAGCCACCAGAAGACAGUCACUUCUCUUGCGCUGGCAUCUAAUGGAGAGCGCUUGGUCAGCGGUGCGCUUGAUGGACAUAUGAAGGUCUUUGAGACCACCGGAUGGAACACAGUCUCGGGCUCCAAAUACCCCUCCCCCAUCCUGUCGCUGAAUGUUGUCACCUCGGGCGUGGCAUACGAAGAUAAGCAUAUUGCCGUCGGUAUGCAGUCCGGUCUUCUCUCGGUCAAGACUCGGUUGUCUGGUCAGCAGAAAGUAAAGGAGCGCGAGCGCCGGAAGGAGAUGCAAGCCUUGCUUGAAGGCAAGCUGGAGGAGCACGACCGUCAGGUUUCCAAGAAGAACAAGCAGCGCGGCUCCGGCUGGGAGAAGCGGCUGCGUGGACGGGAUUUCAUCGGAGAAGGAGUGGACAUUGUGAUUGAAGGUCAGGACCGCAAGCGACGGAAGAAGGAGCAGCCAUGGGAGAACGAUCUCCGCAAGGGACGUUACGCCGUUGCCCUGGACCAAGUCCUCUCAUCGACCGACAAGACUGCCCAACUCACCCUCCUCACCAAUCUCCGCCAUCGCUCGGCCCUGCGGGCGUCUCUCCGAGACCGCGACGAGGUCACCCUUCAGCCCGUCUUGCAAUGGGUCCACAAGCACAUCCGGGAACCGCGCCUGGUCGAGCUGAGUGUGGAGGUUGCCAUGAACUUGUUGGAUAUCUACUCGGGUAACCUGGGCCAGUCUGCGCAAAUCGAUAAAUUAAUCGAACGGCUGCACCAGCGGGUCCGCGAUGAGGUCGAGAUGGCUCAGCAUGCAUACCAAACCAAAGGUAUGCUGGAUAUGUUGAAGGCUUGA